UAGAUGAUUGAGGGUUAUCUAAUGUGUACUGAAGUCUUUGUUUUAACUUGUAACGACGACAGAGUUAUCAUACUCACCUGGGUAGCUUCUUAUCUAAGGCUUGGUCAAAAUGGAUAUGUAAGACACUGAUAUUUCACGAUAUAUACAUGUUUUGACGGAUUUAUUGUAAGACCAGAAAUUUAAUAGUAUAUAGGAGACAUUUUAAUAUUUCAAGAUGCCUGGUCGUAGAAAAGUGGACAAGGAAAUGACGGCAAUGGCCCACAACGUCAAAGAAAAAAGGUGCCUCGUAAAAAGUAUGCAGACUCUGGAUCUAGAAAAAACAUAUUCUAUGAAAUUAAUCAAUCUUGAUCAUAGAGGAAUAAAAUUAUCGUACAAGAGGCUGAAGGAUAAAGUGUCAAAAAUUAAAUCUCAUCUCACUACGGACGAAAUUGUCAAUUUGAAACAGUUAGAAGCAGACGGUAAACUUAGGAAUACAAGUAACACAGUCAAUCUUGGCAGUGCCCUGAAAAUAGCUGCUGCAGCAAAAAGACUGAAACUACAAAGUGCACCACGCCCGGUAACGAGCGUUUUACCUGCGCUUCCACCUCGCGAAUAUACUGAUGUAUCAUUUACCAGGCAUCAAACUGUGCCGUUCAAUCUAAAAAGGAGUAAUUCUGUUACUGGUGUAUUUAUUGAUGCCCCGGAUGAAAACAAUAAUAAUGAAAGGCGAAAUUCUAUCAGUGGACCAUCACUACGACCAUUCAGUGUGGCAAAUAUACAAGCGACAAGUAACAAUUCAAUUGACAAUAAUAAACUAGAACGUGCAAUUACAGCAAAUCCCAUUAUAAGAGAAAAAAAUCUAUCAAGAAGUGACACCAAAACGUCACAGCGUGCAAAAAGUUCAAUGCCAGCUCACUCACCAUACUCUUCUCAUUCCGCAAAUGAAAAGGAACAGCGGAAUAAUCCGACAAAUGGCGAUGUUAAAACGCCUUUCUUGUCGGACGAUAUUGAAAGUAAUUUAGGAGACGAUUUGUUUGAGGAACGCAGACAAGAACUUCUAGAAGAAGAAAAAAUAACUUAUGAAGACAUUGAACUCAAAACGAAAGAUUUUCUUAACAGACUUGAGAAUUAUUUAAAAGAAAAUCCCAUAGCUCGGCUUGACGAGGAAGAAAUACCGAUAUUUAAUGUUUCGGAUGCCUUGCACGGUCCACCGGAAACCGAAGAACGUGUCCAAAGCGCUGGUUUGAAAAAGCGCAAACGCUUGCUUCCUCACAGAUCGCCUUUAGAAAUGAGGGCAUUUCCAAAUGAUGAAGCGUAUCAAAAAAAAUUGGGAGAAUUAUGGAAAGACAUGUACAAGUGUCGCUAUCUACGUAUUCCAGAUGAACGAAUUGACCUGUCUGGAAUUACGACUCUUGCUAAAGACCAAAUGAGAUUGUAUACGUAUCUCAGGGAGACAGAGGCUGACAAAUUGAAUUAAACAAGGUGGUUAUGGGAUAUUGGUUUUGGGUAUUGUUAUACAAAUAUACUGUUAAAAUUUAUAAAUAAAAUCGUUUUGUUAUCAUAACAAAUAUACAA